UAUAAUGAUAAUAUUAACAGGAUGAUGUUCAUAUGUGAGUGAUGUCAUUUGUUUUUGUUCAUCGUAGUGGGAGAUGUUUUUAAUGUGUAUCUUCUUUCUUAAAAACUACUGAAUCAUCUCACCUUUAAUUCUAGAUCACUUUAUUACUUUGGUCCAAUAUGUGCGCAGAAAAAUCACGAUUCUUUUAACUGGUCUUAUUAUAUGGGGUUCUGAGAGCAAACAAACCAAAACUGUACAUUUGUGUUCUUGUCAUAAUUAGAUCAUAUAAGAUGAAAGUUAUCUCAAAUAUACCUUGCUCUAGGCCUCACAAGAUUUUGUUUACCGAGGUCAGAGGACACAUAACUGCCACAGUCCACAAACAGGGGUAUAGAUAUAUUAACAUAUAUUUCUGUCAUUUUAUAAGGGUCAGGCACUUGGACACCUUACUUCUAGGAAAGAUUAGAAUGUCUACAAUUGCACAGUUUAUACUACUGAAGAGUAAAGGGCAUCUUAAUAUAAAUUUCUAAGCACUUCAAAGGGCUUUACAAUACUUGGUUAUAUGUACAGUAUACAUCUGGGAGUUAAUGGAUCGUUGCCCCACUGGAGGUUACAGCCUCAAGUGAGAGAAACUGUCAGUACAGGUAACUAUCGGCACCAACUUCUUUGGAGUAACAGUUAAGCAUAGAAGAAACUGUCAGCAAAUAUUGUGACAACACCAUAUGUGAGCUUUAAUUAUUGAUUUUACGAUACUCAUUCUCAGGCUGUGAAGUCGACCAACGCCUGGCUACUAACAGAUGGGUUAAACAAGGGCAUCACCUGUGUAGUGGGACACGCAGUCAACAGAGCUCAGUCUAUUAUUAAGGUGGGGGACAGGAUGGUGUCACAGAUUCAUUGCCUGGGAGUGACUCCUUAUGGUCUUGUUAAGAAUAAAUCUCGUCUUGUUAAUAAGGACCCUGACCAGUUCCACUCUGUGUUAUAUGAAGUGGAUGAAGAGGGUGAUGAAGGCCAGCCCACCUGUCUCAAUGGUGACCACACUCACUUCCUGCUUGUUGAUAAUGGCUUCAGGAAUGAAAAAGCAAAUGCUGAUUAUUUUUGGAAGAAUUUGGUGGAAAGUAUCCAGAGCAAGACAGAAAAUAAUGGCUUGAACAUCCCUGUGGUAGUGUUGCUUGUGGGCGGUAGCUUGACUGACCUGCAGAAGUGUUACUUGGCGCUCAUUGCAGGAAUUCCAGUAGUUGUGGUUAUGGGUACAGGCAAGGCAGCUGACCUUCUAUCCUAUGCUAAGACUACACAUGGCGAAUCCAUACAUCCCGGUACACAAAUAGACUGCUUAUUAGAUCAAGGUCAAGAUAUCUUAUCAAAAAUGCCCGAAUAUCUUGGAGAUUUGGACGAGAAGCAGCAACAGGAUUGUCAGAAAGUGGUGCUGAAGUGUUGUCAGCUGGGGAGUAAGAUCAUAGUGUUUGAUAUUGACACGGAUUCCAGCAUGGACGUUUUUAUCUGGGAAGCGUUGCUGACGGGCAAUGCUGCUAUGGAUGGUAAACUGGAGUUGGCCCUGCAGUGGGACCGAGCUGACAUAGCCGAGACGAGGAUCUUUCCAAGGUGGAAAUGGACAAAUGACAACCUUAAGGAGACAAUGAGGAGAGCAUUGUUUGAAGAGAAGAUAGAUUUUGUCAUGCUGCUGGUGGAGAAAGGAUUCAUCAUGAAGAAUUACUUGACAGUUAACACACUCAGUGAAUUGUACUCUUAUAGGCCAAGUUCGCACCUCAACAAACUAGUGAAGUGGAAGGGGACCACCAUCACCAUCACAGAGAUCCACCACCUUCUUAGAAAUUUAGGUCUGAAACAUUUCAACCAGUGCUAUGAGAAACACGCCCCUAAGGAAUGGACUUUUGAGGAUCCUUACCAAGAGUUAUUACUAUGGGCUGUUAUUACUCGACGAGGUGAUUUGGCAUUUCAUCUUUGGGAACAAUGUAACUUGCCCUUUAGUGCAGCUGUUAUUGCCACGUGUCUCUGUAAUGCUAUACAGGACAAACUCCAUAUCAAGGACAUUGAAAUCAAAAGCGAAUACAAAGAGUUAAAAAAAGCCUUUGAAGAAAGAGCAAUAAAGCUGCUGAAUGAGUACUACAUUGAUGACCAGAAGAGUGCCCUGAGUCUGGUCGAGAUGAAGAACCCUGAAUGGGGGAACUUACACCCUCUUGAUCUGGCCAUCUUGGCUCAAGACAUGGCUCUCGUCAGUACUCAAUGUUGCCAAGCUAUUGUUGACCAAAGAUGGCAACAGAUUGGCAGGCGAUUUGGGGUACGAUCAGUGUAUCGCGGACUACUGCUACUACUGCACCUCACCAUGAUACUCUUCAACCUCAGUUACUCUCUGUCUUACCUCGAGGUCGUGCUUAUUGCCUUAGUCUUUUUAGAUGGUCUUGAGAAAAUUUUUGAGGCCGUGAAUGAAUUUGCAAAGAGCAGGUCAAGAUACAGAUGGUGGUUCCACUACGACGUCGUCACUCUGAUUGUUUUCAUUACGGCCGUCAUACUGAGGCUAAUUCCGGAAACCUUUGUCUUUGGCAAGUUCUUCUAUGCCCUGUGCGCCAUCUUGCUCAGUUGUCGCAUGCUUAGGAUCUUCUACAUCUUUGCAAACUUGGGCCCAAAGAUCCUCAUCUUUAUAAAUAUGAUGCCAAAGCUGGGGAUAUUUUUGGUGUUCUUAUUAGUUGUUAUUCUGGGGUACAGCAUCGCCUCCAGAGCUCUCCUGAACCAUCCGUGUGACAACAGAAUAGCCAUCGCCAAGGACCCGGGGGAAUUUAUCACCAGUCUUGUUUUCCUUCCUUAUUGGCAGAUGUACGGUGAACUUCUGUUUGAUCAACUUGAGAGUAACAGUUGGAGAAGGUGUGACUCCAUGACUGAGAGCUCCAUCUGGUGGGCUUCAUGUAAGAUGUGCAAUGAUACGAACGUUACUGGAAUACAUAACAUUACCGAUAAGGGUAACGUUACUGAGGUGUUUAACUUUACUGAGGAGAGUUCUGAGUGCGUGUGCUCAGACUCUUCUCAGUCCGUGAUACUGGUGAAGAUAUUGCUGGCUGUCUACCUCUUCUUCGCUAAUGUUCUGCUCCUUAACCUAAUCAUUGCCAUCUUUACGAAUGUGUUCGACAGUAUUCAACAAAAGAGCAUCGAGUACUGGAAUUUUGAGAUGUGCAGCCUGGCCCAGGAAUAUGAGAGCAAGCCAGUGUUACCACCACCUGUUGCACCCUUUAUCUACCUGUGGCGGUGGAUGAGGAAGGCAAUGCGUACCAAAGACAAGCGGAAAAUGGAGCCAGACAUAAGCUACAGUGAAACGAGUGCGAUGCUGAGUAUGUUUGAGCGGCAAGUUCGAAACUACGGAUCAAGGAGUCUUGCCAAGCCAGAAGAUGAUACCAUUGAGACACUGAACAAGAUUAACAGAAUGAUUGGUGAAUGGUCUGCCUGGUUUGAAAAGAACAGCUGUGCCAUGAGCCGAGAAAGUGAUGGCGGCGAUUUCGAUAAAUUGAAGCAAAUCUCGGACACGACCGCCAAGACACACGAGAAUCUUAUGCGUCUGUCCACCAGGCUAGACUUGCUUCAGGUCAACCUCCGGGACUCUCAAGCCAGACUGGAAUAUUCACUGGAAACACAGGGCGACAUGAUGAACAUAUUGAAGAACAAUCAGGAAAACUUGAUGGAGCAUGUAAAAGCCAACCAGGAAAAUAUGACCAAAUCCAUAAAAGAGAUGGAACAGAGAAUAACAGAGACAGUGAAAAGUAUGUACUCUCCACAUACAGACACUUGAACCUACUACAGUACAGUACUACAUAUAAGGAGUAACAGGUAAGCUCUAAUGGGGGGUUAUGGUGUCCUGGGUUGGGGGAGAAUUUAACCGAUUUAUUUUUAAAGUUCAUUUGUAAUUUAGGACUUAAACUCCACUAUCUUGGUAUGGGUGUGUGGCGGUGAUAACACUAACCUGCUGGAGCGCAUUACCCCACAAAAAUGAUGUAUGCAUAUUGAAGACUUGGAUGUUUGUGCACAAGAAAAAUAUAAUUAUUGAAGUUAUGAUGUCUUAGUUUUGUUUAUAGAAUAAGUAUUGUUGAAUUAUUAUAUGUGGGCUGAGAACAUUUAUAGGUGAUACUGUAGUGUACAGUCAGGUGUAGGGGAGAUGAAGUUACAGCCAGUAUUAAGUGAUGAAUGUGGGGGAGUUUUGUAAUGGUGUACAGUAUAAGUAAUCAGUCUCAAAAUAUUAUGAAUGCGUCAAAAAGUGGGAUGUAAGAGGUGGAUGAUUGUGAUUGAGGAGUGUGAAUAAUGAAGAGGCAUCAUAAUUUUUUUUUUAUUUCUUCAUCAAUGUCAUUUAUUCAUCGAACCAUGAUUUCUGGUGGAGAAUAUGACAGCUCUAGUUUUUGAAGCUUGAAUUCUGUUUUCCGACAUUUUAGGAUACCCUGUAUUAAUUAUCAGAAUUAGUGUGGUCGAUAUACUGUUGUCCCCUAUGUCAGUCUUACAGCCGGUGUGUUUGCUGGUAUUAGGAGGAAUAGACAGUUGAUUUCACCACUGGAUGCUGCCAGACUGACACAUUCCUCUUGGCUUAAAAAGUCUGCAACUUUCAUGCUGCCACUCUUCACACAAAUUACACAUGGCAUCAAAACUUGUUUUUUUAUAUAAACACACACAAA